AUGGCAUUUUGCCCCUUGUGGAAACGAAAAGCAAAACUCCCUUCGAUCCACGCAGCUUCAAGCUACAUAGACACCAGCUUUCCGUCAGACCUGCCAGCUCCUGAAGACGAUGGGUUGUAUAAUCAUCUUACGGAUUUGGAGAUCCCGAAAAGUCUUUCGCUCCCUGCAGCAACAGACCCAAGUACGAAGGUGACGCUGGCUGAUUUACCGGGAUUGACGAUUGUGUUUGUGUAUCCGAGGACAGGUGCACCGAACGAAACGGUCCCGGAUUCUUGGAACGCCAUCCCAGGCGCCCGUGGCUGCACCCCACAAGCGUGCUCGUUCCGCGACAACCUUCCUCAGCUGACUUUUCUUGGGGUUUCUCAGAUAUAUGGCGUCUCAACACAGUCGACUUCAUACCAGGCUGAGGUGCACGAAAGACUGCAUUUGCCGUACGAUUUGCUCAGCGACGAGCAAUUGACCUUCCAGCAAGGCUUGAAUCUGCCCACCUUCGAAUGGGAGGGCACGAAGGUGCUGAGGAGAUCGAUGAUCGCCAUCGAGAAGGGCCGGGUUCUCAAGUGGUGGUAUCCUGUGUUCCCUCCCGAUAGAGGCGUAGAGGAUGUGCUUCAGUGGCUGAAAUCGAGGUAG